GAGGCAGCGGCGGGCGGGGAGCGGCCGGGCCGGGCAGGGCCGUGCGGUGUGAGGCGGCGGAGCGAGCGGCGGGCAGAGCGCGGAGCCGGCGGCGGGCAGAGCGCGGAGCCGGCGGCGGGCGCUGCCGGCACAGCCAGCAUGUCCUCCAUCCUGCCCUUCACUCCUCCCAUCGUCAAGCGGCUCCUGGGCUGGAAGAAAGGCGAGCAGAACGGGCAGGAGGAGAAAUGGUGCGAGAAGGCGGUGAAGAGCCUGGUGAAGAAGCUGAAGAAGACGGGGCAGCUGGACGAGCUGGAGAAGGCGAUCACCACGCAGAACAUCAACACCAAGUGCAUCACCAUCCCCAGGUACCGGGGUGCGGAGGGCGCGGCGGGACCCGCAGGGACCCCGAGGGACCCGCAGGGACCCCCGGGCUCCGGCACGGCUCGGCGCGGUGUCGGUCCUCCCUGCCUGCUCCUUAGCUAGCUAAGAAAAAACCCGUAACUGCCUGCAGAAUUGAAAUACUCUGUAGUAACGAGAGGGAAAACGUAGUGGAGAAAAUAUGCCUCGAGCCGAGAUCGUAAAAAAGAAAAAAAAAAAAAAA